ACAGCUGCCCAGCCCUAGAAAUCCAGAGCUUCCGACCUCUCUUCGCCGCCGCCCGCAUCAAAGGAGCUCUCGCCAGGGUAGUGCGACCGACAGACCCCUCCAAGAAAAAAAGUCUCUCCAACCAAAUUCCCGACGACAAAGCAAAACAAAGCAAUCAUCAUGGCCGAUACAGCUGGCACAGUAAAUGGCCACUCCAAAGCCGCCAACGGCAGCACUGAACAGCCCUUGACGCCCUACCAUUCGCUCUUCUCCCAGCUUUUGUCCUGGAAGAACCCUCGCAACUCGGCCAUCGCCUAUGUUUCCGUCGUUGCUACCAUCAUCGCCGUUCGGUACCUCAACCUCUUUAGCUGGACUCUUUCAUUGUCUUGGAUGAUUUUGGCUACCACUGUUGCUGCCGAGGUUGCUGGCAAACUGGUCCUUAGUAACGGCCUGGCCUCUCAGUUCCGCCCCCGCCAGUACUACACACUUUCCCGCGAUACCUUUGAGAGGCUGGUUAGCGACGCUCACGGACUCAUCAACUUCUUCUUGAUUGAAAGCCAGCGCAUCAUCUUUGUUGAGAAUGUCGGCGUUUCGGCUGCCGCCUGCGUCGCUGCCUUCAUCUCAGGCCUCCUGAUCAAGGUGCUGCCCUACUGGGUUCUUGCCAUCAUCGGAACCUCCCUCGCCUUCUUCGCCCCCCUGAUCUACUCCACCAACCAGGAGUUUAUUGACGAGCAGCUCAAGACUGCUGCCGAUGCCAUCAAUGCCCAGACUGCCCAGGUUCGAGAUGCUGCUCAGAAGCAGGCCGACCAUCUCGCCGCCGUCGGCAAGCAGUAUGCUGGAGACUAUACUGAAAAGGUCCAGGAGAUUCUGCGCGGCCACGGCGUUGCUCCCGGAGCCGCCAAGAAGUCCCCUGAAUUCCCUUCCCCUCCUACUGAGGAGCCUAAGGCCACCGAACCAGUUGUUCCUCAAGAACCCAUCCAUGCCUAAAUGGAUUUGUCGACGCGCACGAUUAUUUACGGUUAAAGAAGCGAUAAACGCAACGCUGGGCUAUCCAAUAGUGCUUUUCACAUUCUUUAUACGGCAGAUCAUAACUCCCCCUGGGGUGAUGGAUAUUUUCAAGAUUGAAAUCAGAACAGGAAGGACACAUGACUUUGGGGACCGACGGUGUACCACCGAUCGGAGCAUCAUGAUAUCCGCCCUAUCGGCGUAAUGGGGAAACGUUUGUUGAAGAAAAGUGACCCUUUACGCUAAUAGAGGCACAUUCACCGGGGAGGAGUGUGGAGGAUAACGGCGUUUGCUACAAGGCCGGUAGGUUUGUUUUGCAAACUCUUUUUUUCCCUUAUCAGUUUGGGAUGGUUGUUUAUUUUCCCUUUAUUCUUUCCCUUGCACUGU